UUUGUGAUGGCCUCAUUCACUGAACCAUCGACCAAACUUGUCACAUCUGAAAACCUUCUUUUUGUUGUAAAGUGUACCUGGAACAGGGCAUCUGUUGAUUAAUGGCUGUAGUGUGCAUUACCAUAUGACCAAACUUGUCAUAUCGAUCCCGUUUGCGCAGAUUGGGCUGUUGAAUUUCUUUGCAAAAUGUGAAGUGAUUGGGUGUGCACGUGGGGUGUUCGAUGAAAUUCCUGAGAGGAAUUUGAACAGGCCUUGUAGGAGUAGGAGACUGUUUUUGUGGAGGAUUGGACGUGAGAUAGACUGUUGGAUUUCAUUCUAGUAGUCCACAUCAAAAUCUACUCACAUGAGUGGACUUGAUAGAGCUUGUUUUAGGAAUGGUGUAAGAUGCAGAGGUUAUCUGCUACAAUACAUCCUGAUGUUUGGGUUUUUUAAGUAGGGACUGCAGCAGCUGGAUCUCGUGUCACAUUUCAAUGAUCCAUACCGUUUAUAUGAUGGGCCUCAAAGCAGAUGGGGGUUAAGCUGCUUGGAUGUCCUGCUCACAUUUGGGGCUUAUUCAACAGCUAUAGGCAUGGUGAUCUCAAGGCUGUUUAUUAGAUUGUUUUGGUUUGGACUCAGUUCAGUAUUUGCAACAUAUAUCUACAUGAAGGUUCUGGAGGAAAAGAUAACCGGAACUCAGAUUCUUUCUAUUUUCAAAUUUAUAUUCUUGGAUUGGGAGUUUAUGCUGGCAUACGCAUAUUUCUUGCUUUGCUACUUAAAUUCCCAGCUUGUCACACCUUGUCAGAGAUGUCUGAUCAGUGGUCAUUCUUUCAAUUUUUUAAGUGGAUUUAUCAGGUUCAUUUGCCUAUUCAUUGGUGUUGGAGUAAUUCUCUGUCAUUUCUUGUUUUGGUUGUAUUACAGCAGCGAUCAGGAAUGGGUGCUGCCUAACAUGUGUAUCCUGAUUUAUUACAUUUUUGUGAUUGUUACUAAUUAUGUUUCUAAACUUCGUGCAGUCAUUCAUGAGACAUUGCUACUUGAUAAUUAGGGUAUGAAACAAGUGAAUUUGUACGUUCGUUUUCUAACCCUUAUUUUCACAUGAAAUCGAUUCUCCAAAUACCUUUCUGGAUAUUCCUCAAUGUCUUCGGACAUUCACACUAGUUCCAGAAGAAAUCGAAGAAUUUCUUGGGAAUCAUAACAAGAUCUAUUUAUCCACUUGAUUUUCUGUGAUCUACCAUUCUGGUUUUUUUUUUUUUUUCCCAUUGGUUCCAAUGAUUAUUUGACAAAGUAUAAUUUCUUGAGCUGCAGACUUUUUGCCACGUCAACUUCAAACCAAUUGACAGAGCAAAAGCGCAUCUGCGAACUUGGUAUUCAGUCAAACUGCAAAAGAUGCACUAGUUUUAUGCUGGCUUAAAGAACAAGACAGCCCGUCAUAUCAAUUUGCAUCACAUGUACAUUGCAUCAAAAUGUUGAGUUUACCUUGUUAAGCCAUUAAGACGUUUUUAAAAGUCUUGAAAAGUUUCUCUUGGAAAUUUUUUUACAAUGAUGGCAUUUAGUAAUACACAGUUGCAUUUGUCAUUUCAGUUCACUAAUCAUAGAGUACCAAUUUCUUUUGUAUUAUUCUUCGUUGAUUGAGUAGGACGAGUUGCUAAAAGCUGCUGCACAUUUCAUUUUGUUUCUUAAUAUUUUUAUUUUUAUUUUUGAAAGAUGACAAUUUAUUAAUAAAAGGCCAAAAGGCUAGCUCUGUUCAGUAUUUACAACGCAGCCCAAUCUCUGCCUAAGAAAUUACAGUCUCUCAAAGCAGGUGACACCAUUGUCCAGUCAAUUACAUCACUCUUGGCCCUAAUAAAAGCCCACAAGGAAUUUCCUGACAUCACUCAUUUUGUUUCUUAAUAGUAAAUGGUUUCCUUAAACCUACCAGUAUCCUAUAUUGGUGAUCUUAUUGGUCUUAGCGGAGCUGGGAUGUGCAGCUUUCAUAUUCUUCGACCAUAGCUGCAAAAA